UGUGGAGUGUAGAGAGAGAAAGGGGAGAGAGAGAAUCUGAUGCCAGCGAUGAAGUGGAAGGAUCAAUCCUUUCUCUCAGGUCAAAGCUGGCAAUUGUUGUUUAAAGCCAUACUCCUAUUGCCCUUCCGCCCAUUCAUUCCCCCCAUCUUAUUCUUCUUCCUCUCUCCGCUUGCUUUUUCAUUCUCUCAGAUCCAAAUUCCCUCUGCCCGAGUCAGGGAAGGGUGUUUGGAUUAGAUUUAUCAAUAGAUAGAUUGAUUCAUGUUGUUGUGUAGCCGAACAGCAUUCUGAUCAAGGGGACGGAGAGAGAAAGUGAGAGGUUGAAGGAGUUUCUGUUAAAUGGUUGCUUCCUGCAAUCCACCAAUGGCUGUUGUGUCUCCGCCUCGCGCCGGCGGAGAGAAGAAACACUGGUGGUUCACCAAUAAGAAGAUGGUGGAUAGAUGCGUGAGGGAAGCUAAAAUGCUGAUUGCGACGCAAGAGCAGAGAGAUAUUGCGGCGGCGCUGGGGCUCCUAGAGACGGCUAUUGCGGUGGCGCCUCGCGUGGAGGUAGUGCUGGAGCUGAAGGCUCGGUGCUUGCUGAAUCUGAGACGGUUCAAGGAGGUUGCGGAUAUGUUGCAGGACUAUAUUCCUAGCUUGAAAAUGGCGAUUGCCGACGAUAUGGCGUCGUCAGGAUCAUCGGAUAACUCGUCGAACCAGUUAUCUAGGGAACAAGUCAAGCUUCUUUCGGCGCGUGGUACGGAUGAGCCGGCGUUCAAGUGCUUUUCUGUGACGGAUUUGAAACGGAAGGUUAUGGCCGGUCUCGGUAAAAAUGUCGAAAGCGAUGCGCAGUGGAGGUACUUGGCUUUGGGUCAAGCUUGUUUUCACCUAGGAUUAAUGGAGGAUGCGAUGGUGCUUCUCCAGACCGGAAAACGCCUCGCCGCCACCGCAUUCCGCCGCGAGAGCAUUUCCCGCUCCGACGAUAUAUUCUGCCUCAAUAAAUUCCCCCUCUCCGGCGAAAUUUCCCUCAACCAUCCGCCCCAAUCCCCACCCAAAUCCGAAUUCGACAGCAUCUCACACCUCCUCUGCCACAUCAAGCUCCUCAUCCGCCGCAAGACCGCCGCGCUCGCCGCCCUUGACGCCGGACUUUUCUCCGAAGCAAUCAGACAUUUUUCCAAAAUCCUAGACGGUCGCCGCGGCGCUCCUCAAGGUUUUCUCUCCGAGUGCUACGUCCACCGUGCAUCCGCCUAUCAGAACGCCGGCCGCAUAGCAGAGGCCAUCGCCGAUUGCAACAAAGCUUUAGCGCUGGACACUUGUUGCAUUGAAGCUCUUACCAUCAGAGCCACUCUGUUCGAAGCCAUCAGAUGUCUGCCAGACAGCCUCCACGAUUUGGAGCAUUUGAAACUGCUCUACAAUUCAAUUCUGCGUGAUCGGAAACUUGGAGGACCUGUCUGGAAACGCCAAAGCGUCCAGUACAGGGAAAUCCCGGGCAGGCUAUGUUCCUUGGCCACAAAAAUCCAGCAAUUAAAGCAAAGGGUUGCUGCCGGCGAAACCGGAAACGUCGACUACUUGGCGUUGAUGGGAUUGAGAAGAGGCUGUUCAAAAUCAGAGUUGGAAAGAGCACAGCUGCUAUUGACAUUGAAACACAAACCUGAUGGAUCUUCUAGUUUCAUUGAGAAAUGCGAGUUUGCCGACGAGGACGUUGAAUCGGUGAGGGAUCGGGCAAGAAUGUCUUCCCUGUUGCUUUAUAGAUUGAUUCAGAAAGGGUAUUCGUCCAUCCUGUCUACAAUUUUGGAGGAUCAAUUGGCGGCAGAGAAGCAACGGCAGAUUGCCGCCGCCGCUGCGGCUACUGAUGUGCAAGCUGCAGCUUCAAUUCAAGUUAAUCAGAAAGUCCGUGAGGCAAGAAACGAGCAAAUUCGUGUUGCUGGUAGCAAUGGAAAUGAGGAGAAUAAGAUAUCUAAGAAACCGAUAACAUCGCCGCCGCCGUCGGUGUUCCAAGGUGUGUUCUGCCGGGAUCUUGCAAUGGUUGGGAAUUUGCUUUCUCAGGCAGGAUUUAAUCGUCCAAUUCCGGUGAAAUACGAAGCAUUGAGCUGUUAGUUAAGCUAAUAAAAUGGUAUGGUAUUGGUUCAUGACUGUGGACGGUCGAUGCUAUCAAUGCCAUGUGCUUUUGAAAUGCUAAUAUCCUCGGGCGGGAGAAUCAAUCAAUCAAAAUCUGUUCCAGGAUGGCUGUACAAAAUUUGAUAAAUUUCUAUCUGCUUGCUUCCUUCCGCUUAGAGAAAAAAAUUUUGCUUCUAGAAGAACAACCAUGAUGCUCUUCUUCUUCUACUUGGUCUAAAUUUCAUUUCCUUUUCCUUACUAUUUUGGUACCUACCUGUAUAUAAUUUAUAUUUCAAUUUCAGACAUUUCUCUGCUUGUGGGUGGGAGGGAACUUUGCCUUUUGGCUUCUA